AUGGAAUAUUUUAAAAGCAUACAUUUGAUAGAUCUUAAAAAUUACAAUCCUUAAGAAAUUUAAGAUUUGAAAGAAGUUUCUUUAAUUUAGAAAGAAAUCAAAUACUACUUUUAACCACUAUAUGAAAUGUUUACAAUUAAUCUGAGACCUUUUAAUGAAUAAGAAACAUAACAAUUAUCAUAAGAAAUUAGUUAACUUUUCAAUAAAAUUGAGAAACUUUAAAUACUAAUUAUGGAUGAAUAUUUUGAACUGAAAUACCUUUAGUUGAUUGGAAAAGCUAUUUCAUAGUGCUAAAACUUAAAAUAUUUAAAUAUAUUUAUCUUUAAUAUCAAGUAUAUUUAUUGUGAAGAAGGAUAAUUAAGUGACUAUGUCAUUUUUACUUAAUAAAUAGCAUAAUGCAAAGGUAUUUAAUACUUAGAUCUAAACGUUGAAUAAGGUCAUAUCGAUGACCAAACUUGCUUUUAAAUGCUUAAAAAUUUGAAUAGCCUUCCUAAACUUAGUCAAAUUGAAUUAAACUUAGUUGAUAAUCCAUUAUAUAUUGAAGAUUGCUGGCAAUAACUUAUUUAGAUGUUUAAAGGAUUUCAUAAUUUAAAUUAUCUUAUAAUAGUGUUUCCUUAUGAAUAAAGUAGAGAGUUUAUGGAAAUGUUAAGAUUAAGUUUUAAAAAAGUAAUUAAGAAAUUGACCCAUAUUUGUCUUUCAUGGUUGGAUUGA